AUGCGCUACGGCUACGGCGUCUCAGUCACAGCGGUUAAGCCUGGCCGAGGUCACCAGCGUCCACAUCAGAGGAGCACAGAGGUGAAGAUCCCCCGUACGGCUGAGGACAGGAGACCACCAACUACGAAAGUGGAAGCAGACGGCUCAUCAGAACAAUGCGACUCCAAUCCGACUCCUAGCGCCGAGCCCAGCACCGAGGGCCCCGAGAGAGUUGAAUUCAUUGUACGAAGGGCCACACCAAGCGACUGCCGUGAUCUCCUGCGACUCAUUAAGGAACUGGCCGCCUACGAAGACAUGUUGGAUGCUGUGCAACUAACGGAGGAAGAUUUGUUGGAGGAUGGGUUUGGCGAGCGCCCCUUCUAUUCCUGUCUGAUGGCAGAACUGACACCGGAGAGCCACAGUAAGUUUCUGUCUAAUUCCGGAGGAUCUUCUAUCGGAUUCGCCAUGUAUUAUUUCACAUAUGAUCCCUGGGAGGGGAGGAGCCUGUAUCUGGAAGAUUUCUUCGUCAUGGAGCCUUAUCGGGGCCGGGGGGUCGGGUCCGAAAUACUGAAGAGAAUAAGCCAGGAAGCCAUCUCGUCCCGCUGUCGCUCUUUGUACUUCAUCGCUCUGCACUGGAACGAGCCGUCCAUCGAAUACUAUAAAAGACGAGGAGCAGCCGACCUGACCGAUACGGAAGGAUGGCAUCUCUUUCAGUUCUCCGAAGGUGACAUGAAACGCAUGGCCUCAGGGCCCCCCCCGGAGUCACGCAGGGGCCCGAUGUCCCACAGAACUAUGAAGCGUGUCAAGAAGCCGGUCGAAGAGCUCUCGAUGGUAGUGUUGCGCAUGGUUUGA